AUGGAAUCUCCAUCACUAAUCAAAUGUAUUUCAUCGGCUAUCAGCGAUCGUCGUCGAUACGUUCAAAUUGAAGGAAAUUCUUCUCCAUCGACUGAUCAUCCUUCACUCAAACGAGAGCGAGAUGUUGACGAUGAUGAUAAUACUCUAAAUAAUACAACAGUCACAAAAACGACUAGUAUUGAAGAUGUUAUUUGUCGUCCAAAACAUAUUGUUCGUCCAAAAGGAUUUAAUUUUGAUUUAACAAAACAACAUUCAUCUACCAUUUCCUUAAUAUCACCGUCAACAGGUAUUGCAAAUUUAUCCGUUGAUUCAUCUGCUUCACGUACAUUAACAAAUAGUUCGGUUAAUUCGUCAUCAUCAUUACCAUUAUCAUUAACUGUAAAUCGGCUAACAUUAUUACGCCCGAACAGUAUCACAUUAAAACGAUUAUCACCAACAGAAGAUAUAACAUUAAUUAAUUCUAACUUCGAUCGUGCUCCCAUAUUAAAACGUGUUAAAACCGACGAUUUAUCCCGUAAUUGUGAUAAUCUAACAGCACAGUUAUCAACAACAACAACAACACUUCAAUCACCGUUAACAGAAAAAAAUUCAAAUGAUUUAAUUAAUACAUUUAGUCAAGCACAAACAGAAUCCUUAUUAAGACGAAGUGGUUCGGUACAAUCAUUAGAUUCAUUUGAGAGAGAUGGUGAAAGUGGAUCGAGUUCUUGUAAAUUAGAUCAUGAAUUAUCAAAAUCAGAGUCAUCAACAUCAUUAACCUCAAAUAAUAGCAAAAAUAGUUCACUAAGAACUAGUAGAGAAUUAUUAGUCUCAUAA